GCCUUCUCGGAGCGCCCGUCGCCGGCUCCCGGCCGCCGCGGCUGAGGUGGAGCCGAGGACGCCGGCCCGGCCGCGGCGCUGACACCGGCUCAGCCUCCGCCUCCACCUCCGCCUCCGCCCGCGCGCGCCAGGACUCGGCGUGGGCGUCGGGGAAGCGGAAUACAGUAUUUAAUGAAAGAUCCACGCUCAAGGCAAGACGAUGGCAGGCUUCCUGGAUAACUUCCGCUGGCCAGAGUGUGAGUGUAUCGACUGGAGCGAGAGAAGGAAUGCUGUGGCCUCUGUGGUAGCUGGAAUAUUGUUUUUCACAGGCUGGUGGAUAAUGAUUGACGCUGCUGUGGUGUACCCUAAGCCUGAACAGCUGAACCACGCCUUUCACACGUGUGGUGUGUUUUCCACGCUGGCUUUUUUCAUGAUCAAUGCUGUAUCCAAUGCCCAGGUGAGAGGAGAUAGCUAUGAGAGCGGCUGUUUGGGAAGAACAGGUGCUCGAGUGUGGCUCUUCAUCGGUUUCAUGUUGAUGUUCGGGUCACUAAUUGCCUCCAUGUGGAUUCUCUUUGGUGCAUAUGUUACCCAAAAUACCGAUGUUUAUCCAGGACUAGCUGUGUUCUUUCAAAAUGCGCUGAUUUUUUUUAGCACUCUGAUCUACAAAUUCGGAAGGACGGAGGAGCUGUGGAGCUGAGACCACGUUGUCACCAACCCCCUUCUCUGACUGUAUUCUAGCUGUAGAUAAGUUUUUAUCUCUCAAUAUAGUUUACUGCAUUUUGCCAAACGGACCUAUCCAGGGAGACUGUCGGUUCCUCUCUGCGUUUGUACUCUGAGUGUUGAAGCAGGCUUCUGACAUGUGUGUCCUUUUUCCCUAUGGACUGGUUGGUUAAUAUGUCUAUACUACCAUGUACAGAUGGGCGGAGGAGCGUGGGUUGUCUUCCUGGGGCCUGAGAGCUGGGCCUGCUCCUGAGCCGUGGGCCCAUGUGAGAGCUCACGGCUUCUUUGCCUUCUCUCUUUUCUGCAGUCAUGCAAAAAAAAAAAAGCAGCACCCCACCUCCCCCGCCCCCAUUCCCCCUAAUGCGCUCUCUGAACUUUGACUGAGCCAUUUCAAAGGGGAUUUUGGUAAGCCGUAACUUAUUUUGACUUAAAGCAGAUUUUUUUUUUAACAAGAAAAAAACAUUUGUCCUUGUGUAUGAAAGAAGUGGACUUUUAUAUGGAGAUUUCUUUUUUAAUGCCUGAAGAACUGAUUUGAAAAAGGCCUGCUUUAAACACCGGGUCUCUGAUAGGACCUUAUUGGAGCAGGGCCAGUGCAGGAUGAGGAAAGCACAGUUGUAUGUGGUUAGGAGCCCCAGACCGGCGAUGUCUGAAGGCGGCUGAAAGGGACUCCGGGCUGCAGUGCCAAAGCCUGAACCAUGGAACAGAGUGGCACCUCGAGCUGUGAGGUGAAGCCCAUCUUCCCGAAGGGAGUCAUUAUGACCUAGUGAAAAAUUAGCCGCUCCAGCCUCCCCGGUACCAACCGCAAGGCUCUGGGCAGCCCUCAAGCGCUGGAAAAGGCUGCCUACUUGUGUCUGGAAGCUGGCAGCUGGCAGCUAGAGCUGCCCUUUGCCUAGUGUGUCUGUACCAUCCUUGCUCCAGAUUUCACAGGGAAGGGAGGGCUCCCCUGCUCCCGUGAUGUCCUCUGUCCUGGCAGGCCACAGGCGGAACUCUUUUUCUUCCAGAAGGAUUUGAGAGAGCCUUUUGGUGAGAGACAGAAUAAUAUCCAUGGUUUCGUAUGCCGCGUCUAACGCCAGCCUUAUAUUUUGCUUCACUUCCUUCCUCUCGCGGGGGGAUUUCCUGUGCACAGAGUAUGAAGCCAUCGGCCGUGGAGCGCUGUGCCUUUAUCCGAACACCAGCUUGGUUCAUCACUGGUCUCUUUCCUCUUCUUCUCGUUUUGUCCCUUGAAAAAAUACCAGUCAGCCAUCCGGCUUCCCAAACAUUGUGAGACUGCGUACCUGUUGCCAUUCUCCUGCUGUACCCUGUUGCAAUAAAGGUGACUUCUCACG